AUGCUCUAUCCUUUCGAAGUACCAUGGAGCAAAGGUGUGCGAGGAUAUGCUGCCGAUAGGCCAAUGCAGGUAGAUUACGCCUUCAAAGCUGAGAUCCAGGUAAUUGACUUCGUUAAACCCGCGGUCACUGCCGAUUUUCUAGUGGUGAGCCAGGGUCGCUGUUCGUUGCUGGGUAGGAAUACUGCCAGUGAAAUGGAAUUGUUGAAAGUUGGGGCCGAUGUAUUUAACUGCGGACAGACGGAGCAAACUAAACCGUUUCCGAAGAUGCCUGGAGUCAAAGUAAAGUUUUGCGUUGACAGAUCGAUUCUCCCAGAGAAAAACGCCUACUAUAAUGUGCCGGCUGCUUAUCGCGAAGCCGCGAGACUUCGACUGAAAGAUAUGGAAACAAGGGGAAUUAUUGAAAAGGUUGUUUCAGCGCCUGAUUGGAUCAGCGGAAUGUCCGCAGUUCCAAAAGGCAAGGACGAUUUUCGCUUAGUGGUUAAUAUGCGCGCUCCAAAUAGGGCAAUUAAGCGUCAAUAUUAUCGAUUGCCUCUCCUUGAAGAGAUGAAAGUUAGAUUGCACGGAGCCAGGAAGUACGCACAAAACCAGCGGGAAGCGUUGGCCGCUGUGUGGGCAGUCGAACAUUUCGCUUAUUUUUUGCUUGGUAGACACUUUAUAUUGCGCACUGAUGCCAAGGGCAUAACGUUUAUAUUGAACCGAUCUCGAGAAACAGCAAAACGGGCCUUGACUAGAGCUGACGGUUGGGCUUUGAGGCUAAGUCCCUACAGUUAUGACGUGGAAUUCAUACGUGGUUGCGAGAAUAUUGCAGAUCCCUCUUCUCGCUUGUAUGAAGGGAGUGACGAUGCCUUCAAUGAAGAUAAUAGCCCGUGGGAAAUUGCUCAUCUCGAAGCAAAUACCGUGGAAUUUUUGACUGAAGCCGAAAUUAAACAGCACACGGCUUCUGAUACUGCGCUACAAGGUGUUUUGGACUCCCUCGAAUCUGGAGACUGGCCUAAAGACUUAACAAAAUUUAAAGCAGUUUCAAACGACUUAUUUGUUAAAGACGGCAUGCUUGUUAAAAAUGGUUGUGUAGUAGUUCCUGAGAGCUUGAGGAAGAAAGCUUUAUCAAUAGCUCAUGCUGGGCAUCCAUUGUCAGCUAAACUCAAAAGUAUAUUGCGUAAGUUUGUUUGGUGGCCUGGAAUUUCCAGGGAUGCUGAACGGUGGGUAGAGGCGUGCGUGCACUGCGCUGUUAAUGGGAAACCUGAAAAACACACUCCCAUGCUGCGCGUAUUUGCCCCAAAAGCUGUCUGGGAGAUUAUAGCAAUGGACUUUAAUGGCCCCUACUUGAAGUUUGGGGGAAUAUCUAUCCUAGUGAUAAUUGACUUAAGAUCUCGUUACGCAAUGGCUCGGCCAGUGAAAUCAACAGCUUUUCAAUAUACCAGGAAAAUUUUGGAUGAUGUGUUUGGAAGAGAAGGAUUCCCAAAUUCAAUUAAAACUGACAACGGACCUCCAUUCAACGGUGAGGAAUAUGGACAGUAUUGUGAAGAUCGUGGCAUCAACACUAUUUUUUCAACACCAUUCUUUCCACAACAAAAUGGGUUAGUGGAAAGUUUUAUGAAGGUCGUAAAUAAGGCAAUGUCCAUUGCAGUUUCGAGUGGAAGCAGCUACACUGAGGAACUCCAAAAUGCAGUACAAGCUUACAACGCAGGAAUCCAUUCAGUAACAAAAGUUUCGCCUGAGGAAGUAAUGAUGGGUCGAAAGGUAAAACGUGGUUUACCUUUAUUGGAACGUGUAAUGUCUGAUAACAACGACCAACUGUUAAAUGAAAGAGACCGCGAAGCGAAAUUAAAUGGGAAAAAUCUCGAGGAUAGUAUGAGUAGCAUACAGCAGUCUGCAGCUUAUGCGGUAGCUUAG